AACGGAGAGAGGCGUUCAGACUUUUAUCCCGUGUCCUUGAAAGAUAACGGUUUGCUGCCUACGCUACAGGCUCCAAUACCAACUGUGUCAGUGAGUAACUUUGACUGAAACUUUUGGUUUCCAAACCAAGAGAUAAGCAUAGCUAAAGGAUGGCUUAACUUUUGAAUGUUUGCCAUGUAGACCCGUUUAAAAACAAUGAACUCUCCCCGUGACAAGGAUCUGGGACCCUUAUCUCGGAAACACCGUCUCAUGGCUGCUGCUCUGCCCUGUGAGGACAGCCCAUUAGCCGGCAGCCCCUCCAGGUCUGAUCGCAACGGGCUGGGGGCACUGGUCCAUUGUUUUAUAUGCGGCAGUGGAGUGACACCCGGGAAGGAAUUACUUUUACAAGUCACCUAUCACAAGGAAAGGAGUCCCUUUUUUCCAUUUCUACAAAAUCAAGAACCCGCGCCGGGUGCGCGUGAGGUGAGCCCGGACGGACACGCGCUGGUGUGCGCGGUGUGCCACUGUUUCCUCACAGAGCAGUGGAACUCCUUCGAAAGGAGCAGGACACCCAUUGAGAAGCGCAUGUACUGGUUAAAACGGCCGUAUCAGUGUGACUCCCGCAGGGUGCCACAGGAGUGGAACAUGUCCUACGAUGUGGAGAGAAGAAUCAGCGUGGGCAGCCAGAACUACGAAGGGGGCGCGGAGUCCGACUUCUCAUCAUUUUCUGAAUCAGACCCGGAGAUGGAUUUAGUCGAAAAAGCUGGCAGAGACAAGAAUUACAGAGUGGCUGGCAAAUUUGUACGAGAAAACAACAGGAAAAAUAAUAUAAUCAGUGUUAAAAAGAGUCCUGAUUCACAGCGGUGCCCCAUUGGAGUUUACGGAGCAUCUCCAAAAGUGGAGAGCGCGCUGGCUGGGAGAAGAGCUGCAAAGAAUAUGAAUAAUGCCUGCCAAUCAGAGCUAUCUUCUGUUAAGUCCCAGCUGAGAUUCCCGCAGGAGCAAUGCCGUUUUGACAGCCGCAUCCCUGACGCACCUGCGCUAGACAGCCGGGUCAUAAUACGCAGCAGGCGAUGGCUGGAGGAGGGUCAUGUCAAACACGCCGAGCCUCGUCAAAUUCAAAGCAACUGUCCUUCAUCCAGGCAUGCGUCCCAGCUGUUCCGGGGAGAAGACAAAGAUUAUCCCGGAGCUGUCACUGGUGCCAAAAGGAAAAACACGCUUGGGAGCUCUGAUGAGGAUGAGAUAAACAUUACAAGCGAUGAUGAACGGAUGUUUGAACGCACAACUCCAAGUAGACAUCAAAAGCCACCUGACAGGACUGUCUCACCAAAGCAGUCCACUCAGGGUGCAGAUGAGUAUGCAUGUUAUAUAUGUGGGGAAGAGCUCAGACAUGACAGUCAUUUUAUAGUGAGUGUUCAGAAACAGGAGAGAGCCCAGAGUGAGCCCUUCUUCCCCUUUCUGUGGCUACACUCUCCUCCUCAGGGCGCUGUGCCCAUCAGUGCAGCAGGUACUACUCUGGUGUGUGGGCGCUGCCACUCCUCCCUCAUGCAGCAGUGGCAGAGCUUCCAGCUGGCUGAUGUGCCCGUGCUGCAGCGACUUUAUGUAGUUCCUCUUAACCCAUCUGGUGCCUCAUCCCACCCUCCACUACAAACCUCCUGUGACCCAGUGGAACACCCGAGUGAGCAUGAGGUGUGCUUCCUCUGUGGUCAGGGAUGCGCUCAUGACAUGAGAGUGGCAUACACUCAGGCUGGAGUCAGUAAAUCCCGGGGUGCAAUGUAUUUUCCAUUCAUCAACCUUUUUCCCUGUCCUCCUAACGCUCAAGGUGUGAGGAGUGGGCGCGUGCACUGUUGCUCUGUUUGCCAUCGCAUCCUAGAGGACAUUUGGAAUGCUUACCGACUGACCAUGAAUGAAGAUCUUAUCACAUCUGUCACCUCCUUUUUGACUAGGUAUCAUUCUACUGUGGCAAUAGAGAGGCCUGCAUCCUCCCAACCUCACUUGAAAAGUGCUAACUCUCAUAUAACCAGCUCAUUUUCAGUCUGUUACAUCUGUGGUGCUGACCUGUCUGCAGGACAGGAACAUCAGCUACAUGUCAAUCCACCUGGACGCUGUGGAGAAAGAGAGCCAUUCUUCCCUUUCUUAACUGUGCACCCCCCGGCCCCCCGAGCCAAACCCAUAGACUCCACAGGCCUGGUGGCAGCCUGUACUCUCUGCUAUCAUGACCUGCAUGCACAGUGGGGCAAAUAUGAGAACAAAGGGUCACAUACUGUAUCUAACAUAUGCAGUGGCACUACCCCCCAGUUGCCCAGCUCCCCGUGGGCUCGUCAGUAUAGCUGUGAGGCCUUUGUGUGCUUCUUUUGCAGGCAGGAGCAGAGUAGGCAGGGCCGGUUGUGUGCUGUGACCAUGGCCCGGCUGCCCGUGUUUCUGUACGCGCCUCGGAGUGCUCACAUGCUGCUGGUGGAUGAUGGGAGGAGGCUUGUCAUUGGGGCAUGUGUGGAGUGUAAAGCCAUGGUGCAGGUGGGACAGAGCGGCCAGCAGGAGGAAGAGAGACAAAGAGCUACAGGUGCUGAGAAGAACGAGACACAAGUGCAGCCAGUACCUCCUCAGCCAAGGCAAAAGGUCAUCACAGAAACUCCAUCUGGUCCCAGCAAAGACUCUGAUCCUGAGUCAGGUCCAUCUCAUCCUGCUGCAGACCUCACCCCCUCCAGGUCCAAACUCCUGACCUCAGAGACAGAGACAACUGAACGACCGCCGUCCAGUGAGUAA